AUAUCCAACCAGAUAUUAGAUUUCCGAUUUCUACAAACUGCAAAACCUCGACCAGACAAGCUUUCAAAACAGGAAAAUUUUUCGACUCUGACAUCUCCCCUGAUUGAAGACACCCUGUUUGGCACGGGUGAAGUGUGUCGCAGUCUGUAUAAUGGAAUGACAACGUGUUGUAAAGUUCUAACGAGAUACAAAUGGAGUUUAUCAUUUUGUUUCGUGGAUUUAUCAGAAUAAAGAGAAUCUAAUAUUUUCGGUAAGUGCACAUCUCCGAUACCUGUUGAAUAGACGCCCGUAUUUGAUACUUUUUUUGGCGAUUAUACCUUGUGCAUUGCAUAUUAUGCAUAUGGCAUGCACCUUUAUUUUGCAAGAAUUGAUAAAAAUAAUAUAUUUUAUGCUCUUUGUCUAUUCCAUUCUAUCAGUAUGUAAUUGGCAAAUGAGUUAUCCGCAUUUAUUUUAUUAGAAAAUGCAAAUACUUGCAUGCACUUGCAAGUAUGCAAGAAAAACUUUUUCUUUUUGCAUUUUUGUCUAACUUAUCUAAACUUCCAGAAUGUUGCAUUAGUAUACAAUCAAUAUUUUGUAAUUUUGAGCAAAGCAUAAUGUUUUAAAAUGUUAUUUUCUUUGUUUCUCAUUUCCUUUUUUUACUAUCGGAGAUGUGCACUGGUCGAGUCCACCUAGAAAAAUCACUCAGGUGUGACAAUCACAUUUGGAGUAUAUACGGGUAGAGUAAAUUAGGCUACCUGAGAGAAAUAUGGCGGAUAAGAUGAGAAAGGUUUUCAUCGGACGUGUGGUGAAGAAGAUUGGUCAGAACAAGGCAGAAUGCUACAGUUUGGCGAACACAACCAUGGUUCAAUCGAAUACUGACGAGAUUGAUGAAUCAGCCUGUGAUUUUACCCAUGACGGACAAUCUUUUAACACUUCCAGGCAUGGAUGUACAGUAUCCUUUGAAGAGCUAGGUAGUCCUGAUGGCACGUCGAUUGUCCGGUCGCAGUUUCAGAAACGAGGAAUUCUCAACAAGCAGCUCGAUCCUGUUGGCAUCAUGGAAGUCAGGAACCAAGAAACAAUAUAAAACAACCACGGUCUUUCAAUUGGCGAUAUAACUUCAUCUCUAUUAUGAAUUCUGUCGAAGAUUAUGCCAGACGAUGCGAUAAAUAUGAAAAAGAAGAACUUGAUACAUUGUCAGAAUGGAUUAAAAGUAUAAGAGGAAUAUAAAAAUCCCGCAUUAGACCUAUUAAAACAAAAGC